CGCGCACGAGAGACGCAGAGAGAGGGAGCAGCGGUGAAGUAGCCAGCAAGCAGUACGACAGCAAGCAGUACUACAGCGAGACGACACAGCGAGCGGUACUACAGCGAGCAGUACUACAGCGAGACGACACAGCGAGCGGUACUACAGCGAGCAGUACUACAGCGAGACGACACAGCGAGCGGUACUACAGCGAGCAGUACUACAGCGAGACGACACAGCGAGCGGUACUACAGCGAGACGACACAGCGAGCGGUACUACAGCGAGCAGUACUACAGCGAGACGACAGCAAGCAGUACUACAGCGAGCAGUACUACAGCGAGACGACACAGCGAGCGGUACUACAGCGAGCAGUACUACAGCGAGACGACAGCAAGGAGUACUACAGCGAGACGACACAGCGAGCGGUACUACAGCGAGCAGUACUACAGCGAGACGACAGCAAGGAGUACUACAGCGAGACGAUACAGCGAGACGACAGCAAGCAGUACUACAGCGAGACGACAGCAAGCAGUACUGCAGCGAGACGACACAGCAAGUGGUACUACAGCGAGACGACACAGCAGCAGUACUAUAGCGAGUAUACACAGCAAACAGUACUACAGCGAGACGACACAGCAAGCGGUACUACAGCGAGACGACACAGCAGCAGUACUAUAGCGAGACGACACAGCAAGCGGUACUACAGCGAGACGACACAGCAGUAGUACUAUAGCGAGUGUACACAGCAAACAGUACUAUAGCGAGAGUACACAGCAGUGCGGUAGAAUAGCGGCAGUUCACAGGAGUGCAACAGUGGUCGUACACCAGCAUAGCAUAGAAGUAGACGACUACGAUCGUACAGCAGCGCUGUUGCGGGCGAAGCAGACGCGGCAGCAGGAAGCGGGCGCAGGGAGAUGGCCGAGCCGCCGCCGUCCACGCGCGGAGUCAACGACAGCGGCCUCCCCGAGCACGACGAAUUUGAAGAUGCCUUUGAGCACGUUCCUGUCCCAUCCCACAUGGAUCUGGAGACCGGGAUUGCAGAGUGCACACUCGUCCUCAACCUCUUUCUCAACAACAAGUUCUCGGAGGCCCUGGAGAAGCUGCAGCCUUGGUCCCAGGACAGCAUAUACCAUGCCCUGGGAUACUGCACCAUUCUUGGCCUACAGGCAAACAUGACCUUCGACCCUCAGGACAUCGCGAACGCCAUCGGCUCCACCAAAGCAUCUCUGGACGCUUGUCACAAGUUUCGGAGAAAAGUGAGCAUUGCGGAGUCUCUAAGCAGCUUUCUGAACCGACCAACGGCAGACCGCUGUACAGAGGAGGAGAUGCAUGCGGAGUUGUGUUAUGCUGAGUGUUUACUCCAGAGAGCCGCACUCACUUUCAUACAGGAUGAAAAUCUCAUUAGCUUCAUACGUGGCGGUAUGAAAAUUCGGAACAGCUAUCAGAUCUACAGGGCUUGCCAGCAGAUACUGGAUCAGAACAACAGAGCUCAUCACAGUGUUAACUUUCCACACUUCCAAGGAGGAGUCAAACUGGGCAUCGGGGCAUUUAACCUGAUGCUGUCCAUGCUACCAAGUCGUGUAUUGCGUCUCCUUGAGUUCAUCGGAUUCUCUGCCAACAAGGAGUUUGGGCUGACCCAACUGCGGGAGGGCGCCGCUCUGCCCGGGAUCCGCGCUGUGCUCUGUGUAUUCGUCCUCCUCUUCUACCAGACAUUCAUCUGCAUCAUCCUUGGCAAUGGCGACUGUAACCUCGAAGAGGCAGAGUCUCUGCUCCAGCCCUAUCUCAAGAAGUACCCCAAUGGUGCACUCUUCCUCAUGUAUGCUGGGCGAAUUGAGGAAGUGAAGGGAAACGUUGAGGAGGCAAUCUCAGUGUUCGAGACGUGCAUUGGCUGUCAGCAGGAGCUUAAGCAGCUCCACCACAUCUGCUUCUGGGAGAUGAUGUGGUGCCAUGCCUUCCAGCAGAACUGGUUGGCAGCUAGCGCACUCGCCAACAAGCUUAGCCAGGAGAGCCGCUGGUCUAAGGCGAUUUAUAUCUACCAGAAGGCGGCGUUCCUCUCCAUGCUUGGGGAUGAAGAGCUCCGAGCUACAGGAGAGGAUCCGCAACUGCUAUUUCAGCAGGUGCCAAAGCUGAUGCAAAAGAUUGCUGGGAAAUCGAUCGCCAUUGAGAAGUUUGCCGUGCGCAAGUCUCGGCGCUAUCUGAGCUCCAAGCCGAUAAAGUUGAUCCUGCCUGCGUUUGAGAUGAUGUACGUUUGGAAUGGGUUCAGCAUCGUCGGCAAGCGCAAGGAUCUCACAGACAAGAUCCUCGUUACCAUUGAGGCAGCUGAAGCAGCGCUGAAAGUUGCAAAAGACAACGAGUUUUUGGCAGAUGACCAAUCACUCGUGCAACUGCUCAAGGGAGCCUGCCUCACGCAACUGGGCCGAUAUCUGCAGGCAGAGUUGUGCUUCAACGAAGUGUGGCAGAGCGAGAAGCGAAUCAAGUAUGAUCACUUCUUGGUGCCGAACGCCCUGUAUGAGCUGGGACAGCUACACCUCAAGCAGGGUCACCCGGAGGAUGCGCUCCACUACCUACACCUCGCCAGAAACAACUACAAGAACUACUCAAUGGAAUCACGCCUGCACUUCCGCCUGCACGCGAUGCUCUGUGACCUCCAGGGCAGCUCCCAGGCCGACCUGAGAGGGGCGGCUGGGGCAGCGAGGCCCUCCCUGUGAACCUCGGCCUCUUCCUCUUCACCCUCCGCUAUCCUAUGAUUUUUUUCCAAAAUAGCCCAAUUUUCUAUAGCAGGAGGGGCAAGAGGGUCCUGCUGUAUACGGAUUUUGGCCAAUUGCUAUUCACAAUAUUUUAUCAGAGGAAAUUACACUAUGGAUAAGACAACACACAAACUUUGUCCACAUACAAUUUGCCAGCGUUAUUUGUUGCGCUGCUCCUUACAGGUCAGAAGAUGGCGGUCCUGAGCGCACCAUUUUGCUUUCACCACCGCUUGGCCAUCUAUGUCCCGGUGUAGCUGAGUGAUGGGCAACCUAGACUAGUUAGUGAGCCACAUGAGCGGCCCCUCCUUCAGCUCAGUGGGCCGUAAGCUUUACAUCUUGCUCGUGUAUUAAUCAUGACCCCACGCAUUACCCUAGACACACUUAGACCAGGCCACCACAAGGGGCUCCACAGGCCGCAUGUGGCUUACGGGCCACAGGUUGACCACCACGAGUACUGUAGCUGGAUCGCGCGCGGACAGGCAUUGUCACGUUAUCUGGCGAAACAAAGACCAUCGUCUCCCAUUUUGCCCAUGUCUCUACGUUGCUAUGUUAUCCUCACACAAGGUAAUCAUUGUAAACCAAGUGAACCUUCAGUGGAUCCAGGCUUCUGUCAAAUCAUUGCAAUUACAUGCAUGGGUUACUGGGAUAGUGUGCAGUGUGAUAACUGCUGUGCUAACAUCGUAUAGUGUCCAUUUUAACUUAAAUCUUGUGUAAUCAGGUUGAUGUAUCAUACAAUUGUUUGUGACUAUCAUGUGUUUUAUAGAAACAGCAAUACCUGUGCCAUUUUAGGGUGAAUAGGAGUUGAAGCUAUCUAAUUUCAUUCUCAUCUCUGCUUAGCUCUUAAAUGGGACCAAAUAUUUAAAUGUUGUUUCGUCUUUAAAUGAGCACUUGCGUUAAAAAAGUGUUUAUUAUUUUGCAUAUCUUUAAACUACGGUUGUGGUGUCGUGUGUGCAUGCUUUGGGGUUUAUGUACGUCCAGUUCAGUAAAAAUUCUGAAUCAUUUAAACGGUUGAGCUCAGUUAUCUAAAUAUUGGGUAUGUAGUGCUUACCAUGCUGUGAUUAACCAGCAAUCAGGCAACAGAUUAUCGCUUUUGGAAUGGAGACCUGUUAUUAAUGGAGACCUGUUAUUCAGACAGUUAUUCAUAUUUAUGACCAUAGUUCAAAUAUUGCAAUUUGUGCAAAGUGAAUGCAUUGUGGACAUCUGAAGAAUAGUGAUGUUACAGGGUAUUUAACAUCUGCUUUCCAACUGCUUGGGUAUAUCCCUGGAAGCAAAAUUAUACCGUGUAUGUUGCAAUGCAAUGAUAUUUUAUUUGAAGGUUAAGGCUAUGAGUGAGAGCUCAUUGACUUAGACG